AACACUCGUUUCAUUGCAUUUCAUUUGGAUCUCAAUUCACAACUCAUUUAACCAUUGAUUGAGUGAUUGAUUGAUAAUAUGUUUUCGUUUCUCAAGUCUAUCGCCGGCUUUGGGUCGCAGUCGACGGCCGCCGCCGACGACGACCUGAUCCGAGAGCAGCUCAACGACGAUCUCGAAGACCACUACGAAGAAGACAAUGACAGAGACGCCGACAAAGACGGGGACCAAUUGAGUGACACCUCGUUUACCGACUCGUCCGACGACGACAUGCCGUUGACUAACGGCGGCCGCAGACCAGUGGUUGUCGACCGCAUGAAUGGACGCAAAGACUUGAAGACCACCGACGAGGAGGAAGAGGAGGGCGUCUGGAAUGAGGAGUGGAACGCAUUGGAAGAGUUGGCAUCCGAUGACAGACUCAAACUCGUGGACAUCGACGGCAAAGGUGUGGCCGUAAAGGGAAUGAUCACUGAAUGCGGAGACAAUGAGAUAGUGGUCGACGAGAAACACCGCAUCAAAUAUAGCCGGUCCACUUUUGGCCAACUCUUUACCGGAGAUCUCGUGAAUGUGGAGACCAUUGGCGCCGAAGUGUUGGUAAAGCCGUUGCGGUUCAAGAUAUUGACGGGAAAGGUAACGGAAUACCAGAGGAAUUACAAUCGAUACAUAUUCUCCGGACACGCUGUGAUUCGCAAAACUGAUGAAACGCAACACUUGAGAGUCGGAGACAUCGAGAAAAUGAUUGUAAUCGAGACCAGAAACGAUGUCUUCAACUGGAGAGCCAUUAUCUACAGUAAGUUUUACGAUCCCGAAGACGGCAAAAGGGAUCAAAUCGAUGUCUACACCGACGAUCUGAUGGCCAAUAAAAACUCAAUCGAAAUCACAGAUGGAAUCAAUUUUAAAGAGAUGAGAGUCGGGACAGAGAAGAAGAUUUUCGUUUACAUUAAGUGA